AUGGGAAUGGUUUGUCUUGGGGCCACUAAAGAGUUGCCGUCGCAUGCGCCAUAUUCCGCAUCACUGCCUCUGAAGAAAAUCCCACAUGAUUUAUUAGUUGUUGAUGGAGGGAUGUGUGGCUUACCUCAUUACUUCUCAAAUGCUUUGCAGGAGAAAGCACUGACGUACUGCAUAUUACGAUCUUUAGAUGCUGAUCAAGCCUCUGUUGAUGCCGAUAUAUUUCGUUUACUAGGGAGAUAUGUUGUAACUGAAGCCGAGGUUAACACAUCUUGCCAAGAGGUGAAAAGUCUUUACGCGGGAUACUUUGAUGGAGCAGCGGCUCAACAAAAAAGUCGCCUUGGCUGCUGCUCGUGGUUGCGGUUGGAUGCCGUGUGA